AUAGUUGAUAUACAGUAUAUACCAGAUCUACAGGCAUUAUGUAUCGCUGUUAGUGAUGGUACUUUAAUACAGUGGACUGUCUUUAAUAAUGAGUUAGAAGAAGUAGGAUGUGUACCAAGUGGUAUAAAAACCAUGUGUUGGAGUCCAGAUUUAGAACUUCUCAUUUUAGCUACAGGAGAAGAGAAGUUUAUAUUGAUGACAAGAGAGUAUGAUCCUAUUAUAGAAUCACCAUUACAAGAUGAACAGUUUGGAGAAGCUGAAUUUGUAACAGUUGGUUGGGGAAAAAAGGAAACUCAGUUUCAUGGUUCAGCAGGAAAACAGGCAGCACAACAGAAACAGAAAGAAAUAACUGUAGCUGUUGAGGGUGAUGAUUGUAAAACUAGAAUUAGUUGGAGAGGAGAUGAUGGUCUUUAUUUUGUUACCUCUUUUAUCAAUAAAAAUACAGGAGCUCGGCAAUUAAAAGUAUGGACAAGGGAAGGAACUCUACAUUCUACCAGUGAACCAGUUGAUGGUUUACAGCAGCCACUCAGUUGGAAGCCAAGUGGAAGUUUGAUAGCCUCUGCUAAAAAAUCAGACAACAAACAAGAAAUAAUUUUCUUUGAGAAGAAUGGAUUAAGACAUGGUGAAUUUAUUCUGCCGUUUCAAAAUGGACAGAUCAAGGUAAAAGAGUUAAUAUGGAAUAUAGAUUCUAGUAUAUUAUGUGUUUGGUGUGAAGAUAUAGAACAUAAUUCUUAUGUUCAACUGUGGACAGUAAAUAACUAUCAUUGGUAUUUAAAACAAUCAUUAAUGUUUGGUGAUAAAGAACAGGUGUCUGCUGUACACUGGGAUCCCGAACAUACCUACAGGUUACAUGUUACUACCAGGGGAGGCAACUAUCAUCAAUAUACCUGGACAUGGGUGACUAAUAGUUCAUCUGGUACUAGUGACAAAGAUCAGGCUUUAGUUGGCGUCAUAGAUGGAAAGAAUGUAUUGAUGACACCAUUUAGAAAGAUGGUAGUACCUCCACCGAUGUCAGCCUACAAUUUAACUCUACCUCAGUUUGUACAGCAAGUUAUGUUUUGUCUAGAGGACCAGUAUAGUAAUAAUAUAGCUGUAUUAUUACAGGAUAACACUGUAGCUUUCUACUCUUAUCAUAUAUCACAAGGUAAAGAAUGUACUGGUGUUAAUGUAACAGCUGCUGGUGGAACUGGGUUCUCUAUCAAAUGUCAACUUCCAGUAUUUACUGGCAUUUAUCAUAUAGAAGGUUUAGAAUCUAGUCAACAUCCACUGAGUUUAUAUCAUACUAUCUGGGUAAAAUCAGAUAUUCUAGUACUGAUAACUAUCAGUGAGGAUGGCAGUUGUUCUACUCUAUAUAAAACACAUGUAAAUUCUACCAAUAACAAACUAGAUGUAAAAUGUAAGACUGAUAUAGAAAACCAUGUUUAUAAUAUCAGUAAAUGUCAGGCCUCAGAUAAUCUGGUUUUACAACUUAUAGAUGGUACCUUGUUACAGUAUGAUCUAGAGAGUGAUAGUAUUUUACCGUGGGUUGACAGUAAUGGAGAUGAAGUAAAGUUCCCGUCACCAUGCUCUACUCUAUCUGUAUGUAAACUAGGGGGACAAGUAGUGGUCCUAGGUCUAACAGAUAGAUAUAGAUUUUAUGUCAACAAUAUAGAGGUAGCAUCUAAUUGUUCAUCAUUUAUAGUUCAUUCUGAGUUUUUAUUGUUAACUACAUUGAGUCAUACAUUACGUUGUAUUAAUCUACAUACACAGUUAAAAGAUUUACCCAGUCUAUCUGAUGGUAAAGAACAUCCGUUUGAUGAAUCAAUACGACGUGUUGAGAGAGGAUCUCGUAUUGUUUUGGUCGUACCAGAUGAUAUUAAACUAAUAUUACAGAUGCCUCGUGGAAACCUGGAGGGAAUUUAUCCUAGAGCUUUAGUUUUAUCUGCUGUUAGACACCAUCUAGAUAGGUUUGAAUAUAAGAAAGCCUAUACUAUAAUGAAGAAACAUCGUAUUAAUAUGAACCUACUGUAUGAUCAUAAUCCUACUUUAUUUUUAAAUCAUAUUACUGAUUUUAUACAACAAAUAGACCAUGUGACAGAUUUAAAUAUUAUUGUUACUGGACUACAAGAAGAAGAUGUAACAGUGACAAUGUAUACAGCAGCUUAUCAACAAACCAAUCAGAAACAAGAUAAGAAAGAAAGUGAAAGUAAAGUUGAUGUUAUCUGUGAUUCGAUUCGUUCAGCUUUAAAUAAACUGGAUGCUGAUAGGUUUUUAUUGUCUAUUCUGACAACAUAUGUAAGAAAAAGAAAACCUGAACUUGAAGCAGCCUUAGAAUUAAUACAACAGUUGAGAGAAAACCCAGUAAAGAAUAAAACAGUGAGUGCCGAGGAAGCGUUGAAAUAUUUACUAUUUUUAGUUGAUGUUAAUGAACUUUAUAAUGUAGCUUUAGGGACGUAUGACUUCGACUUAGUUUUAAUGGUAGCUGAAAAAUCACAAAAGGACCCUAAAGAAUAUAUACCAUUUUUAAACGAAUUACGUCGUUUAGAAGAUAAUUAUAGAAAGUAUAGUAUUGAUAAACAUCUGAGACGGUUUAAUAAAGCUUUACAACAUAUUUCACAUUGUGGACCUAAUCAUUUUAACGAGUGUUUAAAGUUAAUAGAAGAUCAGAAGUUAUAUGUUGAAGGGUUAAAAUGUUACCCCAUUUCUUCCUCAGAAUAUAAAAAUAUUGCUACAAACAAUGGUAAUUAUUUACUAGAGAAAAACAGACAAGAUGAGGCAGGUGUUAUGUUUAUUAAAGCUGAGGAAUGGGAACUGGCUCUAGAAGCGUUUAUAACCUGUAAAAACUGGUGUCAAGUAUUCUGUAUGACAGCUCUGUUAGGUUAUACUGCUGAUAGAGAGGCUGAGAUAGGUAGAAAACUAGCAGUUCAAUUAAAAGAAAGUCGUCAACAUCGAGAAGCAGCAGUUAUAUUUGAACAGUAUGUUAAGGAUAUAGAAGAAGCAAUAGUAACUUUGAUAGAAGGAGAACAAUGGGAUGAGGCACUCAGAUUGAUGUACCGGUAUAAAAGACAAGAUUUUGUGGAGACUAAUCUUAAACCAGCACUGGAAGAAAAAAUAGCCAAUGAGUUAGAAUCAUUAGAGAAUUUAAAAUCUGAUUAUAUUAAAUAUAAAACUAGACUAGGUGUAGUGAGAAAUACGAAGGAGAAUGAAAGACUAGCUGUAUUAGAAGGUGGAGUGGGCAAUAUGGGGGAUUCUGAUCUGUUCUCUGAUACCAGUAGUGCUGCAGGAGAGAGUGUACAUAGUAAAUAUACAUAUGAUUCCAGUAGGUCUACUGUCUUCAGUAAAAUGACUGGGAAAUCUCGAAAGAGAGGUUCAGUUAGAAAAUGGAAUCUAAAAGAAGGAAGUCAGUUUGAAGAUUGUGCUUUGAUUGAAGCAUUAGCUAAAAUUAUUACAACUGUCACUGGCUUCAAAGAAGAUAUAAAUAGUUUAUUAAAGAUAUUAGUACAGUAUAAUUAUGAUGAUAAAGCUAGUGAUAUACAGGGAGAAUAUGAUGAGUUAUUAACUAUAAUAGAUACUAGUAUUGAUGAGAUCUGGUCUAAUACAGGACAAACUACUGAUACUGUAUUAGGUCCAAAUACAACAGCUAAUUCUAUAGCACAAGCUGUACAAUCAGGUAGACAAACAACAGGUUCUACAGAUAAAUUAGUACUGGCUGUACCACCACAAUAUAAAAAAGAUGUAAGAUGGAAAUUACACAUGGUACAAUCAUCUGAUUCUUGA